AUGUCCACCAUCUCGCUGGAACUUUACAAUGCGAAAGCACCCAACAAGAACCACGUUUUGAUCGAGAACGUAUGUUUUUGGUACUAUUCUUGUCUUCUUUUAGUUUGUUUAAAUAACUAUCAUAACGUUAUUGAACUUCUUUAUAAAUUUAUUUUUUAGGUAUCGCCAAAUGACAACAUUAAGACUAUCAAGGCUAAAUUGGGAGCCAAAAGUAGGUUUAGUUAAUUAUUUAUUCUGGUUUUAGAACGUUUGGGAGUUGAAAGAAUUGCCAUCAGAUCAGACCCAAAAGGAAAAGGAUUAAAGGAUGAACAACUUGUAUCCGAUCUUAAUCUUUCUAAUGGAGCUGCUUUGUACUACAAGGAUCUAGGACCACAGAUUGCUUGGGAAACUGUAUUUUUGUGUGAAUAUGCCGGACCCUUGUUUGUUUAUCCCAUCUUCUACCUUCGUCCAGCAUUUAUUUAUGGAAGUAAGUACUUAAGAUAAUUUUAAUGUUGUUUUAUUUUAUAUUUAUUAAAAAUCCAACUUUUAAGUAUUGUUGUCAAUAUGAAUUUUUAGGUUUGGCAUCAAAACCCAUUCACCAAGCAGUUACUCUUGCUUUGAUCUGCCACUCUGUUCAUUAUGCUAAAAGAUUGUACGAAACCAAGUUUGUCCACAGAUUCAGUAAUGGAACGAUGCCUUUGUUCAACUUGUUCAAGGUGUGUUAACAUUAAAUUUAAAAAGUAAUUUAGGCUUGCUAAUAUUGAUUGUUGCAUCAUUUUCUGAAAGUAUUUUAGAACUCUUCGUAUUAUUGGGGCUUUGCUGCAUUUAUUUCUUACUUCAUCAACCAUCCUUUAUACACUCCACCAGCUCUCGGAAAUGUUCAGCUAUUUGGAGGAAUUGCAACAUUCGUGCUCUGUGAAUUGGGUAUGUUUUUUGGUUAGAUAACUGUGUUAUUUAUAAUUUUUUUAUUUUUAUAAUUCUUUAUUUGUGGUUUUAAUGAGCUUUGUUUAGGAAACUUCUCUAUCCAUACCUUGUUGAGAAAUCUGAGACCGGCUGGCACUAAGGAAAGAAAGAUUCCUUUCCCGAACUCUAAUCCACUAACUCAACUCUUCAAUUUGGUCAGUUGCCCUAACUACACUUAUGAGGUUGGAGCUUGGCUUUCGUUCUCUUUCUUCACGCAAAGUCUUCCAGGUAUGUAGACUUGAUGGAUUAAUGCAAAGUAGUAUGGUUAAUUUUUAAUUUUGUUGCUUACAAGAGGUGUUUAAUUGUUACUUAAAAGUGUAUAUUAACGUAUCAUUUUUAGCUCUCUUGUUCGCAACUGCUGGUUUUAUUCAAAUGAAGAUCUGGGCAGAUGGAAAGCACCGCCUGUACAAAAAGGAGUUUUCUGACUAUCCUAAGGGUAGAAAACCGAUUGUACCAUUCCUUUGUUAG